CACCCCUUAUUCCGGAUUAGGGUUAAGCUUUCAACAUUGCGCAAACUUGGACUCAACAUCUCAACUUCUCAGUUGAGUCAUACAUCAACACCGCCACCGUCACAAACAAUGAGUAACCAAAGUGCUUCUUCAAGCAAUGGCAAUGAUCGUUCAAGGAUGUAUUGGACUCCAUUGAUGGAACGCUAUUUCAUUGACCUAAUGUUAGAGCAUUUGCAAAAGGGGAAUAGGGUUGGCCACACUUUUAACAAGCAAGCUUGGACACACAUGCUCACUACUUUCAAUGCCAUGUUUGGUUCUCAAUAUGACAAAGAUGUCUUGAAAACUCGUUAUACCAAUUUGUGGAAGCAGUUUAAUGAUGUCAAGACGCUUCUUUCUCAGUUUGGUUUUUCUUGGGAUGCUGCACGCCAAAUGGUUGUGGCUAAUGAUCUUGUUUGGGAUGCUUAUGUCAAGUCUCACCCUGAUGUUAGAUGCUACAGAACAAAACCAGUGCUCAAUUUUGAUGAUUUGUGCAUGAUAUAUGGUUACACUGUUGCUGAUGGAAGAUAUAGUUUAUCAAGCCAUGAUGUAAGCCUUCAUGAUCAUGUGCUGGGUGAUGGAAUAGGAAGCAUUGCUGUGUCGAGUAAUGAGCGUCCCAGGACAGAUUGGACUGCAUCAAUGGACCAAUUUUUUAUAGAGCUUUUGCUUGAUCAGUUGGGUAGAGGCAAUAAAAUGGAUAGUGGAUUCAAUAAAAACGCUUGGACUGAUAUGCUAACCAUGUUUAACGCCAAGUUUGGAUGUCAACAUGGUAAAAGGGUUUUAAAGAAUCGGUUCAAGAAACUGUUGAAAUGUUAUUGUGAUGUAACAAAACUUCUAAGACAAGGCUUUUUGUGGAAUGAACAACAACAAAUGCUUUCAGCUGACGAUGACGUUUGGAAUGCUUAUGUCAAGGCUCAUCCACAUGCAAAAACAUAUAGAUCAAGAAUUUUACCAAAUUAUCGGGAUUUAGAGUUAAUAUUCGGAAAUGUGUCUGAAGAUGAGAUAAGUAAUUUGCAUCAGGAGAAAAAUCAUGAAGAUGUCAUGUCAGAAACAAAUGCUGUUGAAGGAAAAGGAAAUCGCAAUCCAAGCAGUACCGAUCGUACUAGAACAUAUUGGACACCUCCAAUGGAUCGUUGCCUCAUUGACUUGUUGUUAGAGCAGGUCAAACGUGGAAAUAGACUAGGGCAGACAUUCAUUACCCAGGCUUGGAAUGAUAUGGCUACCUCUUUCAAUGAACGAUUCAAAUCUCAUUAUGACGAAGAUGUACUAAAGAAUCGUUACAAACAUUUGAGGAAACAGUUCAAUGAUGUAGACCAGCUUCUUCGGCAAGGUGGAUUUUCAUGGGAUGAUUCAAGAGAAAUGGUUGAUGCUGAGGAUCACGUUUGGGAUGCUUAUACAAAGGCACAUCCUGAAGCUCGAUCACUUAGAGUUAAAACCUUGCCAGGCUAUUGCAAAUUGUGUGUUAUAUUUGGAGAGGAAAGUCCUGAUACCAGAUACUUCCGUUUAUCUCAUAAUGCAGAUCCCAAUAGUGAAUCCCCGGAGUUGAUAACAGGUGAACAAAAGAAUGGCAUUCUUCCAAAUGUGGCUGGUUCUACAGUAGAGUGGACAGAAUCGAUGGAAUGCUGUUUUGUUGACCUUAUGAUUGAGCAAAUAAAUAGAGGAAAUAGGAUUGGGAGUUUAUUCAAUGAGGAAGCUUGGACUCACAUGAUCAAAGCUUUUAGUACUAGACAGGGACUCCAAUGUGAUAAGCAGUUUCUGAUGGAUCGAUAUUUCUGCUUGAUGAAAAAACAUGAUGACAUCAGCAGUAUACUCGGUCAUAGUGAAUUUUCAUGGGAUGAAAACCUACAAACAAUAGUUGCUGAGAAUGAAAUUUGGGAUGCAUACAUUAAGGAUCACCCUGAUGCCAUCUCGUAUAAAAACAUAUGCUUAUAUGUUUUCCAUGAUUUGUGCAAGAUUUUCGGAAACAAAGUAAUGAGAGUAUCUGAUGCAAGGGUGAAUGCUCUGGAACAGUUUCAGUUAAUGGAAGCAAACGAUAUCACCAUUGAAAUGGACAUGGACGGAACAUCUGGAAACUUGAUUGUGAUUAGCAACGUUGAUAUAUCAGACCAGAAUACAAACAAGGCAAGGGAAAUGGAUACAGAUGGCUCAUAUGGGAAUUUGGUUGUGAGUGGCACUAAUGAAAUAUCCUACCAAGAUCAGAAAAGGCGGAGUGAAAUUGACAUGGUUGCUGUUGGAACAUCUGGAAAUUUAGAUGUGACUAGCAACAAUGAAAUAUCAAACCAAGAUACAGAAAGGCCAAGGGAAAUGGAUAUGGAUAUAAAAUGUGGUGAUUCGGGCGUGACUUGCAACACUCGAACAAUAUCUCAAAAUAAAGAAAGGCCUAACAAAAUGGAUACAAAUGGAACAUGUGGCAAUUUGGUAAUGAGUGGCAACACUAAAACAGCAACACACCAUGUUAAAAGAAGGCCUAAUACAAUGCCACUAGACUCCAGACCCCCCAAAAAGGAGCUGAGAAUGAAAGAAGCUCUGACUGAGAUGGCUAGUGCUGUCAAGGCUCUGAUGAACAAGAAAGAUAGAAACACAAAUACAUCGUUUGAAAAUGCUUUAAGUGCACUUCAGGCCAUGCCUGACAUAGAUGAGGAGCUUGUAAUGGAUGCGUGUGAUUUGUUGGAAGAUGAGAGGAAGGCCAAGAUAUUUUUGGCCUUGGAUAUCUCUUUGCGAAAGAAGUGGUUGCUUAGAAAGCUUCGUCAACAAAAGCCACAUGACUCAACUGUAUACUAGUAUAUAGCUUAGAUAUGAUUUUUUAUGUUUUAACUUUUCAUAUAACUAUCCACAGUGAACUGUGACUGUACAGUGCAACAUAAAGCUCAGCCAUAUACCAACAUUGAAUUUUUUUUUCUUCUUGAAGCUGUAAAUAACCAUUCUGUUAGUCAGUGACAUAGUUCUUGAAGUAUCCGACUGUGACUAUUCUUUUAUUCUCUGUUUCUAAAUUGUAAAACAUUUUGUAACUAAAUAUUUAUAUUCAAGGUAUUUGUAAAAACAAUUUGAGUUAUUAAUGGAAAAAAAAAUGCACCCGAAUGAGUUUUGGGGUGUGUUAUGAGCAAGGCAAGCCCGAAUUUAUAUC